UCGCCUUCAUCACUUUGCCGAAACGUCAUACCGUUCGAGUCGUGAGGGCAAUUUCAUAGCGCCAACCGAAGCAAAUAACCAACAUCUUCCCUUUGACGAAGAAAAGAUUAAACCCCAACGCCAAGAUGUCGUACAACAAGCCCGAGAAGGACUACGCCGGCGAGCAGGCCAAGACUCACAAGAUCCGCAUCACCCUCAGCUCCCGCAAGGUGGCCGCGCUCGAGAAGGUAUGCAGCGAGCUCAUCGAGCGUGCCAAGAGCAAGGACCUCCGCGUCAAGGGCCCCGUCCGCCUUCCCACCAAGACCCUCAAGGUUACCACCCGAAAGACUCCUUGUGGUGAGGGUUCCAAGACCUGGGACUGCUACGAGCUGCGCAUCCACAAGCGCCUGAUUGAUCUGAACGCUCCCACCGAGACCGUCAAGCAGAUCAUCGUUAACAUCGAAGCCGGUGUCGAAGUCGAAGUCACCAUUGCUGCUUAAAACAGGAUGCGGAAAUGAGAAAAGGCGAAACGGCGGAUGGGUAUUGGGGAAGGAUUACCUAGACUCAAAGAUACCCGUGUUAUUUCAGCUGCGUUCUAGAGAUCGCCUGCAACUACACAUGCCUGCGGAAACUACGCUGCAGCAGAAUCCAAGCCUAAGCCAAUUUACGAGACCGAUAUUCUAACUGAU